GCCGGAGAGGGAGAACUACGGUACUUGAGGCGGAAGUUCCCUCAACGGAAGUGAUCUCUGCGCGGAUCGUGGGUAGAAUGGUCGUGGGAAGGCUGUUGCCAAGGCUUUUGCGGGCACCUCCCAGUCCCAUGGCACAGAGUCUACUCGAGGGCGCGUGCCCCUCAAGGGGCAUGCACGCGGAGCGCGGCCCCCGAAGGCUCUCCGUCGAAGGCAACAUUGCUGUGGGAAAGUCUACCUUUGUGAAGUUACUCACGAAAACUUACCCAGAGUGGCACGUAGCUACAGAGCCUAUAGCAACAUGGCAGGAUGUCCACGCUGCUGGCACCCAAAAAGCCUGUACUACCCAAAGUGUUGGAAACUUGCUGGAUAUGAUGUACCGGGAGCCAGCACGAUGGUCCUACACGUUCCAGACUUUUUCCUUUAUGAGCCGCCUGAAAGUACAGCUGGAACCCUUCUCGAAGGAAACGUUACGGGGCAAGGAGCUGGUACAGGUCUUUGAGAGGUCGGUGUACAGUGACAGGUAUAUCUUUGCAAAGAAUCUUUUUGAAAAUGGUUCCCUCAGUGACAUCGAAUGGCGUAUCUAUCAGUACUGGCAUACUUUUCUCCUUCAGGAGUUUGCCAGCCGUCUCAGAUUACAUGGCUUCAUCUACCUCCAGGCUACUCCCCAGGUUUGUUUGGAGAGACUACACCAGAGGGCAAGGGCAGAAGAGAAAGGAAUUGAGCUGGCUUAUCUGGAGCAGCUUCAUGGUCAGCAUGAAGCCUGGCUUGUUCACAAGACAACCAAACUCCACUCUGAGGCUCUGCUGAACAUUCCAGUGCUCGUGUUGGAUGUCAACGAUGAUUUUUCUGAAGAAGGAGCCAAACAAGAGGAGCUCAUGAGAAAGGUAAAUACCUUUUUAAAGAAUCUGUGACCAAUGCCAUGAAGUUCUGGCUGUGAUCUGGGCUCUCCGAUUUUGUGAAGCUAGAACAAUGUCCAUUUACCCACCCAACUUU